AUGUGCUAGAAAAAUAUGCAAUAUUCUAGAAUUUGUAAAAGUAAUAAGAAAUUAAUUAUUAUAUUAACAUAUUAAUUUUCUAAAUAUUUAUAUUAUAUUUAUAUUUCACGAAUAUAAUUUUUGAAAUAAAUAAGGAUUGAUGCAACUUGAUGUAACUCGAAACUUAAUAUCGAUAAUAUUAUCGCAUUCCUAAUCAGCGCGAAUACAAGGGAAUAUAUAUCUCUUGUUUUAUUUUUAAAAAUAUUGACUUUAUAAUAAAAUCUUGUAUCUUUCCCUUUAUUAAAGAUCAAAGAUUUAAAUAAAAUUAUCAUCUUAUUGAACAAUGGCUCACAUUUUCGGCAUAAAACACUCGUCAUAAAAUGACGAUGAUUCGAUGAUUUGGUUAUGCUUGUUGAAUUACGUACAAUACGGCAUGCGCUCGAAGAAAAGCAAUGUCGAAUUUUUAGUUUGUUCUUUCAUAUCUGCGUGACACAUUGUCUACAUACAGUGUAUCUUAUGUAAAAUGGCAUACAUGGAAAAAUUACCUGUAUUAGAAGGAGCAAGAGUAAUUGUUAUAGAUGAAGGAUUAGAUGUAAUGUAUGCAGGAACGUUAAUAACUGGAUGGCUGCAUGCAUGGAAGGAGAAGGAUCCUAAUUAUAGUAUAGAUUUAUUAUCAUUUUCUGAUCCAAGACUUUGGUACGACAACGAACCUAUACCACUUACAUCCAAAAAUAUACAUUUACAUGAUUAUUAUACUGUAGAUGUAAACAAAGUUGCAAAGAGAGAUUUGGAAAAUCUUGAAUAUAUACUUAAAACUGUCAAGUUGAAACCUCGGAAUAUAAUUAUUGUCAACUGCUUGAGUUCCUUAAUUCUCAAUGUAGGUCUAGCAAAGGCUCUAUGGUUCAUAGAAAAAUUAAGUAAGCAGGUGUCGCAACUUAUAUGCAUCUAUCGGAGAGAUAUUAUAUGGAAAGUUCCUGCAAUUGAAACUUUGGGUACUACUUAUGUUAAGCUGGAGAAAUUUACCGGUAUUAGCUCUAUAAAUAAUUUAAUUUACACUGCAAGGCUCACCCAUAGAAAAUUGGGUGGUUCCAUAAUAUGUCAAACAGAAAUAAUAAAACAGGAGAGUACAUCUUAUCUGAUUAAUGCUGAAAAAAUUACGAUAAAUUCUCGCAAGUCAGAAGCAAAUGGAAGUCAACCAGUGAAAAUUGAGUCAUCGUUUAGAAUAGAAAUGAAUGCUCGAGAAAUGGAACAAAGAAACAAAACACCUUUACCUUAUACUCUUAAUACAACAAAUACAUCCAGAGUAUUUUAUCACCCGGAUGAUGUAGAUGAUAUAGAUGAGGACGAUCCUGAUGAUGAUCUGUGUUUCUGAAUUUAUAAAAAUUCAGAGCUAUAGAUAGAAUAUAUGAUUAUAAUAAUACAUAUUUUUUAUAAAAUAAAACUGUUCUAUUUUAUAAAUUUUGUUGUUAUCCAAAUAUUUUUUUGUUCAAUAUAUAUUUUACAAUAAUGAAAA